AUGUCUGAGGAAAAUCACACGUUAACAACUGACUUUAUCCUCACUGGAUUUACAAAUCACCCCGAGAUGAAGAUUAUCUUAUUUGUAGUAUUCCUUAUUAUCUUUUUGAUAACCAUUGUGGGGAAUCUUGGACUGGUGAUAUUGAUUUCAAUUGAACCUCGACUUCAUACACCUAUGUAUUUUUUUCUUGGUAAUUUGGCUUUUAUGGAUGCUUGCUGUGGCUGCACUGUAACUCCCAACAUGUUAGUGAACCUCUUUUCUAAGGACAGGAUGAUUUCUAUGUACAAAUGCAUGACACAAUUUUAUUUUCUUUGUGUGGUUGAAACUUCAGACUGCUUUCUCUUGGCAGCCAUGGCAUAUGACCGUUAUGUGGCAAUUUGUAACCCAUUGCAUUAUCCCAUCAUGAUGUCAAAGAAGCUCUGCUUUCAGAUGCUCCUAGUGUCAUAUAUAGGUGGCAAUCUGACUUCUGUAGUUCACGUAGGUUUUGUAUUCAGAUUAAUUUUCUGUAGGUCUCAUCGAAUAAAUCACUUUUUUUGUGAUGUAAUGCCAUUGUUCAGACUUUCCUGUGUUGACCCUUACCUUAAUGUACUGAUGAUGUUUAUCUUUUCAGGCUCAAUUCUAGUCUUCACCAUAGUCAUUAUCUUAGUCUCUUAUCUUUACAUUCUUUUCACUAUCUUCAAAAUGAAAUCCAAGGAGGGAAGAGGCAAAGCCUUUUCUACCUGCGCUUCCCAUUUUGUGUCUGUCUCAAUAUUCUAUGGUUCUCUCCUCUUCAUGUACAUUCGGCCAGGUUCUGUUGAUGAAGGGGAUAAGAACAUGCCAAUUGCUAUUUUUUAUACAAUAGUCAUUCCAUUUUUAAAUCCUUUCAUUUAUAGCCUGAGGAACAAGGAAGUAAUCAAUGUCCUGAAAAAGAAUCUGAAGAAAAAAGUAUCACAGGACAUUUGA